AUGCGCAGCAGCGGGGGCCCACACCCCCGCGAGGACACGCGGCCCAUCGCACAGGGCUCAUGCCAGAGCGAGCUGCACCGGGCGCUGGAGAGGCUGGCGGCGUCACAGACCCGCACGCACGAGGACCUGUACGUCAUCCCUAUCCCCAACUGCGACCGCAACGGCAACUUCCACCCCAAGCAGUGUCACCCGGCGCUGGAUGGGCAGCGGGGCAAGUGCUGGUGCGUGGACCGCAAGACGGGGGUGAA